CACUCACUCCAUCCCGUGGGGCACCUGCUUGCUUAAUUGUCAAUGAACGCUCCAAUGCAGCCCAAUUAUGCUCGGGGUUAUCCCCAGGCCGCCCAACGGUCUCCAGCCACGGCCCGUCGAGCCCAAGGACCAGCCGGCGCGAUGCCCGUUCCAAUGCCUCAGCAUGCGGUGAACCCCCAAUAUAUGGCCGCACAGCGCGCGAUGCCUCACCCUAAUGAUGCGGCUCUUCGGCGUAGCCGCAAGCCGACCGACAAGAACAUCCCCGAAGGCAUUGAAGAGGUUAUCAUCGGCGAGGGCGUCGAACAAUACAAGAACCUUCGCGACCUGGAGAAGCGACUCGACGCCGCCAUCGUUCGCAAGCGCCUGGACAUCCAAGACUCUAUCAGCAAGACUGUGAAGAAGUAUCGCACCCUCCGCAUCUGGAUUACCAACACCGUCGAGAAUCAACCCUGGCAAGGAGCCGGCAGCAACCCCGGUUCUGGUCGGUAUAAGGUACGCAUUGAGGGCCGGUUGCUGGAUGACGAUAAUGACCCUACUGUCCCUGAGGACGACGAUGAGGGUGACAAGGACGAUGCGAUGGACCAAGACAAGGAUGGGGCAGAUGGUUCGAAGAAGGCAGAGCCCAAAAAGCCUUCUCAGAGGCUCUCGCAUUUCUUCAAGACCAUCACUGUCGAUUUCGACAAGCCAGCCAGCAACGUAAUCGAUGAAGUCAAACCCGUGACCUGGACCAAGCCUCAGGUUCCCCCGAAUGCGACGUCAGCACCACCAAAUGCCGAGUUCGAUAGCAUACAGUUCACUCGCAGCUCGCAGGAAAACGUGAACGUUACCAUCAGCUUGGUGAGGGAUGAGACACCCGAGCGGUACAAGCUGAGCAAGGAGCUUGCUGAGGUGUUGGACGUUGAGGAGGAGACUCGGAGCGGAAUUGUGCUCGGAAUUUGGGACUACAUUCGUGCCAUGGAACUGCAAGAAGACGAGGAGAAGCGACAAGUUCGCUGUGAUCAUCGCCUGCGCUCGAUCUUCGGCCGCGACCAAAUGUUCUUCCCUCAGAUUCCAGAGAGCAUUGGGCCCCACACCAGCCCUAUGGAUCCGAUCAAGCUUCCUUACACUAUCCGUGUCGACGAGGACUUCCACAAGGAUCCCACUCCCACUAUCUACGACAUCCAGGUUGCCGUGGAAGAUCCUUUGCGCCAAAAGAUGAUGGCUCUUACUCAAAAUCCCCAAUACACAGCCGGCUUGCGCCAGAUCGCUUCGCUGGACGACCAGGUCGCGCUCAUCGUCCAGGCUCUCACCCACUCCCGAGCCCGCCACUCCUUCUACACUGCCCUGAGCAAAGAUCCCGCCACCUUCCUGCGCCGCUGGGUCAACUCCCAGCGUCGGGAUCUUGAGACUAUUCUCGGCGACGCCAAUGGGGUUGGCGAUGGUAGUGGACCCGAGUUCCGCCGUGGUGGCCCCGAGAGUGCCUGGGAGACCCCCGUGGCGAAGGAGGCAGUACGCUAUAUGCUGGCAAAGCCCGAGGCGGCAGCACCUCGGUAAAUGGCUUGAUAUCUGGGAUUUUUGUCGCCAUGGCGGCUUCUUAUGUACUUUGAUUCUCUGAUUGUGGCGCUUAUGCGGUGUUGGGUCUGGUGUAGCUAGGUUAUGUAUGGCAGGGCUAAUCAUUUAUUUUAAAAUCUUGAUGUUCAUGACACUGUCAUCCAAUUGUCAAACCUUCGAACAACUCGGCCGUAAUACAUAAAUUUAGGGUAGUCCCAGGCAUGCAAUGUGCUACACCAUGAAACCUCUUCUAAGCCACCAUCUUGGAUUUAUCCAUACUAGGCUACAGAUGGUGCGCGAGGCAAUUUCGAGAACAAUUAAGAAAACUAUACACAUUCAGCAUGAGUUUAAACAACCAAGUAGAACAAAGCAGAACCCCCGAACGCUAUUGCGUUGAUGCACGAGAUAAUAUAAAGCAAGGUCGUCAUAAAACCCAGCUCCUAGGGCUGGCCGGAUUCGAAACGAUCAUCCCCAAAACAUCAUACUGAGAACCAAGGAUAAUAUCCGCUCAAUUCUCUAUACAAUUGACUCUGAAUCAAGUGGGUCAUGACCCUUGAAGAGAUACUUUAGCAAGCAGCUCUCCCCGACGUCGUCGCAACUCCUCGGGGAGAUGAGCAUCGAUGGCCGACGAGAUUUGCUCAACCGUCAGAGGCAAUUCACCCCGCAGGACCGCCCCCUCCUCCUCUUCCAGCUUUGCUGCAGCCUCGAGAACAACAUCGCGGGCGAGAUCCUCCAGGUUCACAGGCUUCUCCUCGGCAUUCUUCUUCUCACCGACUUUCUUCUCCCCUGCACCGCCAGGGGGCCCACGGAAGCGCUUGAGAACGGUCUCCACCAUCUUCGAGAACCAGAAAUAGUUCAGGAAGUUGAGGAUCAGAUUGGACGUGACGUACGUUACGACUAACCAAGUAGGUACGCCACCGGCUGUGAAGUCCUUGAAUCGGGCAAUUUCGGCGUUGGCACGAGCACAAGUUUCGUCGACACACAUGCCGCCAUCCCGUAGCUUGAAAACAUUGGCGUUGAUAUCCACGGGGGCUUGGAGCGGCGAAGACGAGGAUAAAGACCAGGUCUGCUGGAGCGCAUACCACAUGUCCUUGUAGACCACGAUAGAUUGCCAGGUUCCCCAGACCAGGCGGCAGCAGAAGAAGACAGCGAGGAGCAUCAUGCCGUUGUACCACUGGGCACGGCUACCAGUCAUGUUGACCUUGUCGAGGAACCAGUGGAUAUUGAGGAAUGGGCUGGAGAGCUCAUAGAGAAUGAAGACGGGAGCGUAGUAGUUGAGAAAGGGUCUCUAUAGAUGAUCAGGGGUCAUAUCAGCAAAGGCUUCCUCAAACCAAUGAUAGGCGGGAAGGAGAGACGUGUAGACUUACGAAUCCAAGGCUAAAUACCCAGAGUGCGCUGACGGCAUGGAAAAGCAUACCAAUGCCAAACAUCUGUAGAUGCUGAGCGCUCACAAUCAGAUCAUAUAUGAAGUAUCCCACGGCCAGGGCCUGAAUCAAGCCACAGCCACCAGUAUAUCCGAAGACACGCUCACCAGCCGACAUAGACCGGCGUUCGUUGUCGACGAAUAUCUCCCACAAUGCAAGGGCAUUGAUGAGCACACUCUGAAUGAAUGAGACGACAUGAAUAUCCCAGUUCAAUUUGGUGCGGGCAUUAAGCGCCGGGUAUGAGCGGGGAAAGAGGAUCGGCGACAACCACGGCGAGACCACCGAGUGAAUGAACUGAUAGAACAAGAAGGCGCCGAUCACUUCAUGGAUAUGCUCGGUGAGAGUUGGACUGUUCCAAGCUAGGGCGUAGGGUUCGAUGAAAUUCCGCAGCCAGGUGGGCGGGGCGCCCAGGGGGUCCAGCAUAGUCGCUGUCGGAAGAGUCCCUGACGGAUCAGCUCUUAUCGAUGUGGGGAGCUUGGGGUCGGGAGAUGAGGCCAGAGAAGGGUAUCUGUGGUGGAGAUACCAGGAAUGAUUCCCGGUGUACCAUCCAACAGUCGAGGGCACUGGCAGACCUCUGGAUUAUGCAAAAGAGGACCUCAGGCACAGGAUAGACUGAAGAAAAG